AUAGAAAGGAGAACAGUUCAUCAAAGACAUAAACCCAUUUUCUCCCAACACGGAAGAAAGGACAGAAAGGGGAAGGAACAAAUGAAGAGAUUCUGUUAAGAAAUUUUUUAAGCUCAAGGCGUGGCCAUAUAUGAUGGAGGAAGGUAUAAAUGAAGUUAAUGAAGACCACAGUGGAGAGAUCAAUUUCUUUGGUUUAGCUGAAACACAGGGUGGAACAAACAAUUUCUUUGGUUUAGCUGAAACACAGGGUGCAACAAACAAUUUCUCUGAUGCAAAGAAGCUUGGAGGAGGAGGUUUGGGGAAAAUGCCUAAUGGGAAGGAAGUAGCAGUCAAGAGCCUUUCAAUGAGAUCGAGUCAAGGUCUUCAAGAGUUCAAGAAUGAAGUGAAGUUAACCAUUAAACUUCAACACACAAAUCUUGUGAGGCUUUUGGGCUUCUGCUUGGAGGAAGAUGAAAAGCUUCUUGUCUAUGAGUACAUGGCCAACACUAGCUUGGAUGCUUUUCUCUUUGAUUCAACAAAAUGCAAGCUGCUAGACUGGGAUUUGAAGGCAAGCAAUAUUCUAUUAGUUGAUAAGAUGAACCCCAAAAUAUCAGAUUUUGGCACUGCUAGAAUUUUUGGAGGCAAACAAAUGGAAGCCAACACUAAGAGAGUUGUUGGAACAUAUGGAUACAUGGCACCAAAAUAUGCACUAGAAGUGUUGUUUUCAGUGAAAUCAGAUGUCCAUAGCUUUGGAAUCCUAAUGCUAGAAAUAUUAAGUGGUAAAAAGAAUAGGGGAUUCUACCACUCAGAUUGUGGACAGAGCCUUCUAACAUAUGCAUGGAAGCUGUGGAAUGAAGGUAAAUCACUGGAAUUGGUAGAUCCAAACAUUGUCAACGACUGUCCACUCCACGAGCAUGUCAGUAAACCUCCCCCCAACCACCAGCACCUCCAAGCACUUGCUGCAGUCAGCUCCACUGAUAUCUCUGGUGCACUGAGCCAUACUAUACCUCCUUCCACUCUGACUCCAGCACACCCCCCUGAAACAUUAGAGGCUGAUUUGCAGCCGCGGCUGCAACCCCAUUCAUGAAAUUGAAUCCAUGGGAUGCAACAGAUGGGUGAUCAAAAUUGGUGUCAUUGAACAUCUGGGUGUAUUGAAUUAGCUUGAAAUUUGGUAUUCGUUGAACUUUAGUCAGUACUACUCUGUUUUAUAUACAUAUAAAGGGAAAGCUUCUAAAUGGAUAAGAAAUAGCUGUGAAAAGGCUAUCUACUGAUUCUGGACAAAGAAAUUUAUCUUCUUUUUUUUUUGGAUAAAAUGUGAACCUUAUU